AACAUACUGCUUGAUGAGUCUUUAAUAUGCAACAUACAACAUAUACUUUUGUGGACCCUCAGAAAAAAAAAAAGCCUAUAGGAAUUAAAAGACUCUUAGAGGGCCAGUCUGUUAUCGGGCCUUGACUCGGCCAGUGGAAAUUACAACAUGCAAACCACAGUUCGAGGAAGUGAUUAAGAAGCUUCAAAAAUCCUCUUUUCUUGGACAAUGUCACACAAGACGGCUUUAUUACAGUUGACUUGACUUUACGAGUCAACACCUCAAUUUCUAUGAGAAGCGAAUUAUCAACUAAUAAUAGUUAGUUUGCUCAGACAAGCAAAGAAGAGCGAAAAAUUCAUCGAAAUGGAUUUCAUCUCAUCUCUAAUCGUGGGCUUUGCUCAGGUGUUGUGUGAAUCUAUGAAUAUGGCGGACAGAAGAGGACAUAACACUGAUCUUAGACAAGCCAUCACUGAUCUCGAAACAGCCAUCGGUGACUUGAAGGCCAUACGUGAUGACCUGUCUUUACGGAUCCAACAAGACGAUCUAGAGGGACGAAGCUGCUCCAAUCGUGCCAGAGAGUGGCUUAGCGCGGUGCAAGCAACAGAGACUAAAGCAGCCUCCAUUUUAGUGAGGUUUAGGCGUCGGGAACAGAGGACGAGAAUGCGGAGGAGAUGCCUUGGUUGUUUCGGUUGUGCCGACUACAAACUGUGCAAUAAGGUUUCUGCCACAUUGAAGAGCAUUGGUGAGCUGAGAGAACGCUCUGAAGAUAUUAAAACAGAUGGCGGGUCAAUUCAACAAACUUGUAGGGAGAUACCCAUCAAGUCCGUGGUCGGAAAUACCACGAUGAUGGAACAGGUUUUGGGAUUUCUCAGUGAAGAAGAAGAAAGAGGAAUCAUCGGGGUUUACGGACCUGGUGGGGUUGGGAAGACAACGUUAAUGCAGAGUAUUAACAACGAGCUGAUCACAAAAGGACAUCAGUAUGAUGUACUGAUUUGGGUUCAAAUGUCCCGAGAAUUCGGCGAGUGUACAAUUCAGCAAGCUGUUGGAGCACAGUUGGGUUUAUCUUGGGACGAGAAGGACACUGGUGAAAAUAGAGCUUUGAAGAUAUACAGAGCUUUGAGACAGAAACGUUUCUUGUUAUUGCUAGAUGAUGUCUGGGAAGAGAUAGACUUGGAGAAAACUGGAGUUCCUCGACCUGACAGGGUAAACAAAUGCAAGAUGAUGUUCACGACACGGUCUAUGGCAUUAUGCAGCAAUAUGGGUGCGGAAUACAAGUUGAGAGUGGAGUUUCUGGAGAAGAAAUACGCGUGGGAGCUGUUCUGUAGCAAGGUAGGGAGAAAAGAUCUCUUGGAGUCAUCAUCAAUUCGCCGGCUCGCUGAGAUUAUAGUGAGUAAAUGUGGAGGAUUGCCGCUAGCGUUGAUCACUUUAGGAGGAGCCAUGGCUCACAGAGAGACCGAAGAAGAGUGGAUCCACGCUAGUGAAGUUCUGACUAGAUUUCCAGCAGAGAUGAAGGGUAUGAACUAUGUAUUUGCUCUUUUAAAAUUCAGCUAUGACAAUCUCGAGAGUGAUCUGCUCCGGUCUUGUUUCUUGUACUGCGCUUUAUUCCCGGAAGAACAUUCUAUAGAGAUAGAACAGCUUGUUGAGUACUGGGUGGGCGAAGGGUUUCUCACCAGCUCCCAUGGCGUUAACACCAUUUACAAGGGAUAUUUUCUGAUUGGGGAUCUGAAAGCUGCAUGUUUAUUGGAAACCGGAGAUGAGAAAACACAGGUGAAGAUGCAUAAUGUGGUAAGAAGCUUUGCACUGUGGAUGGCAUCUGAACAGGGGACUUAUAAGGAGCUGAUCCUAGUUGAGCCUAACAUGGGACAUACUGAAGCUCCUAAAGCAGAAAACUGGCGACAAGCGUUGGUGAUUUCAUUGAUAGAUAACAGAAUCCAGACCUUGCCUGAAAAACCCAUAUGCCCUAAACUGACAACACUGAUGCUCCAACGGAACAGCUCUUUGAAGAAGAUUUCAACAGGGUUUUUCAUGCAUAUGCCUAUUCUCAGGGUCUUGGACUUGUCUUUCACAAGUAUCACUGAGAUUCCGUUGUCUAUUAAGUAUUUGGUGGAGUUGUGUCAUCUGUCUAUGUCAGGAACAAAGAUAAGUAUAUUGCCCCAGGAGCUUGGUAAUCUUAGAAAGCUGAAGCAUCUGGACCUACAAAGAACUCAGUUUCUCCAGACGAUCCCUCGAGAUGCCAUAUGUUGGCUGAGCAAGCUCGAGGUUCUGAACUUGUACUACAGUUACGCGGGUUGGGAACUGCAGAGCUUUGGAGAAGAUGAAGUAGAAGAACUCGGAUUUGAUGACUUGGAAUACUUGGAAAACCUAACCACACUCGGUAUCACUGUUCUCUCGUUGGAGACCCUAAAAACUCUCUACGAAUUUGGCGCCUUGCAUAAACAUAUACAGCACCUCCACAUUGAAGAAUGCAAUGGUCUCCUCUACUUUAAUCUCCCAUCACUCACUAACCAUGGCAGGAACCUGAGAAGACUUAGCAUUAGAAGUUGCCAUGACUUGGAGUACCUGGUCACACCAAUAGAUGUUGUUGAAAAUGAUUGGCUUCCAAGACUAGAGGUUCUGACGUUACACAGCCUUCAUAAAUUAAGCAGAGUGUGGAGAAAUCCUGUAAGCGAAGAAGAGUGUCUGCGGAAUAUCCGUUGCAUAAAUAUUUCACACUGCAACAAGCUGAAGAAUGUGUCAUGGGUUCCGAAACUCCCAAAGCUAGAGGUGAUUGACCUGUUCGACUGCAGAGAGCUAGAGGAAUUGAUAAGUGAACACGAGAGUCCAUCCGUUGAAGAUCCAACAUUGUUCCCAAGCCUGAAGACCUUGAAAACUAGGGAUCUCCCAGAACUAAAGAGCAUCCUCCCAUCUCGAUUUUCUUUCCAAAAAGUUGAAACUUUAGUCAUCACAAAUUGCCCCAAAGUUAAGAAACUGCCGUUUCAGGAGACGAACAUGCCAAGAGUUUAUUGUGAGGAGAAAUGGUGGAAUGCACUGGAAAAAGAUGAACCAAACAAAGAGCUUUGUUAUUUGCCGCGGUUUGUUCCAAAUUGAUAUGAGAGCUAAUUAAGAGCACUCUGUACAAAUAUGUCCAUUCAUAAGUAGUAGGAAGGUUGUUCCAGUGAAAAGUCAUCAA